AUGUUUAAAAAUAUGAAUUAUCCAUAUCCACCAUCUUCACCUUAUAUGCAAACAGCCCUAACACAAGCUGUACAAGCAAUAAUGACUGGUGGACCAGUGCCUGCAAAUUGUUGUUUUAUGUCAAUGCCAUUUCAACAAGCACAACAAAUUUUACCACAAUUAAUGAGGAAAGCUGCAAUUGGUAAUAAAGAUCCAAAAAUUUUUCCUCAACAAACACCAUAUUAUAAUCAAUUACCAUAUACAAAUAAUCCUCAAACACGUGGUCGUAUACCUCAACAAAAGUAUAAUUAUCCAGUGAUGACAUAUAAAAAUAAUAAUAAUAAAAAAAUUAAGAAACCAAUUCGUCAACAACAACAACAUCAUUCAAAUAUUUAUAAUUCAUCUUCAUUUGAUUCUUAUAUGCGUCAUUUAAGUUGGAGUCGUUUAUUUAAUCAUCAUCAUUCUCGAAAACCUCUUAAACCAAAAAGUCAAGAUCAAAUAUUAGUAGAUUAUGAUAGAAAAUCAGAUUCAUCAAAAAAACAACGAUCAAAUUCUUCAACAACAUCAUCAUCAACAACAAGUGAUGAAACAAUUCGACGAGUUAAUGUUACUAAUAAACCAUCAUCUAAUAUGAAUCCAAAACAACAAACCAAAGGUAGUUUACCAUUUAAAUAUUCAUCUGAAUUUAUACCAGGUGUUGGCAAACAACAAUCGCAAAACAUCAAAUCUAAUGAUAUUUUCAUUGUUAAAAAACCUUAA